AUGGUCAAAACUGUUUGCAUAACAGGUCCCACAGGUGUCAUGGGAAAUGAAACCUUGAAUCAGCUAUUAACCCUUGGAGACAAAGUCAAAGUUCAAUUACUUGUCUUAGACGAUAAGAAGAACAGAAACAUCAUCAAGAAGUAUGAAAAGCUUGAGAAUGUUAGCAUGUUUAUGGAGAUCUCAGGAACUAUGAUGAUGUAUUGA